AUGGCCCUCUCCAAGUCGACUCGCAUCAUCAUCCUGCUCGUCAUUGAUACCGCCUUCUUCUUCCUCGAGCUCAUCACCGGAUAUGCCGUCCACUCGCUCGCCCUCGUCGCCGACUCCUUCCAUAUGCUCAACGAUGUCCUCUCCCUCUGCGUCGGAUUGUGGGCUGUCAAGAUGGCGAAUCGUACCUCCACCCCAAAGAUGUACACCUAUGGCUACCAGCGUGCCGAGACUCUCGGUGCAUUGGUGAAUGGCGUCUUCUUGGUGGCUCUGUGCGUAACCAUUUUCCUGGACGCCAUUCAACGAUUCGUGGAACCGCAAGAGGUUAACAACCCCCAGCUCAUUCUGAUAGUAGGCUGCUUGGGUCUGGCUUCCAACAUCGUUGGCCUGGUGCUUUUCCACGACCACGGCCACAGCCACGGAGGAGGGCACAGUCACAGCCAGGGCGAGGAAGGCCACAGCCACGACGUAAGAGACGCUGAGGAAGGACAUGCUGGACACAUUCAUGAGCCAUAUACCGACGAGCCAACUGGUCAUCAGCACCGCGAAUCGCGUACCGGCGUGGAUGACACCAUCCGCAACACGUCCUCGGAUCUUGCCCAGCCAGAGACUGCCAACCGCGAGACCACCGCAGUUGAGGAUGGAUUCGCUGCUAAGACUCAACUGAGUCCACAGAAGAAGCGCAGACAUAGCCGCUCUCAAUCCAAGGGCUUUGUCAACUAUGAAGACUAUCCCGGCCCGACUGGAUUCAGAAACUCCAUCAUUGCUGCAGCGCGCAUGGAUCCUGUUGAAUCUGAUGAAGGCACUGAUACUGAGAAUGCUGUCGAUCCAGAGCCAGAGACUGCCGACUCUUUCGAGCCUCUGCUCGGUGGUGCCGCACAGAAGGUUGUAUAUGGCACUACGAACAACAAGAGGAAGUCCUUCGACCACCGAGAGCACAAGCACAACCAGCCACGAGAAGCUGGCAAGGGUGGCGGCCACUCGCACGGCGAUCUCAACAUGAAGGGCAUCUUCCUCCACGUUAUGGGUGACGCUCUUGGCAACAUUGGUGUCAUCGCCACUGCACUGAUCAUCUGGCUCACGCACUUCCCUGGCCGAUUCUACUUCGACCCUGCCAUUUCACUCGUCAUUACAAUCAUCAUCCUCUGCUCAGCAAUUCCGUUGUGCAAGGCAGCGUCACGCAUCCUGCUUCAGGCUGUGCCACAUGGUAUCGAGGUGGAUGACAUCAGGGACGACAUUGAGGACCUUCCGGGCAUCGAGAGCUGCCACCACCUGCACGUCUGGCAGCUCAGCGACACCAAGCUGAUUGCCAGUCUUCACGUUCGUGUCACUUUCAACUUUAAGGGCGAGGGAUCGCAACGUUACAUGGAGCUGGCCUCUGCCGUCAGGAAGUGUUUGCAUGAGUACGGCAUUCACUCAUCCACCAUCCAGCCAGAGUUCCACCACGAAUCCGAUCUCGACGAAGAAUCCCACCACCACGACGAGGGCUCCCACAGUCACGAUGACAGCCCACGCAACGGAUCCGUCCGCCGAGCAGCUAGCGAGCGUGGAGAUCAGAGCUGCCUUUUGGAGUGCAGUGACGACUGCGGUGGUGGCAAGAGCUGCUGCCCUCCAGCACAGCAGAAGAAGGAUGAUUCUCAUGACGGCCACGGCCAUGCUCACUAG